ACUCGACGUCCUCGUUCCCAUUCACGCAUCCUUUGUGCGCUCUCUGUGGCCCCCAGAGAAGUGCCAGAGCGUCCAUCUUGCGACCGCCAUUCUUUUGAAGCUGUGUACUGUACGUCAUGUUGCGAAUCACAGCACAGAAUCGCGUUUUGGACUGAUGUCGGCAGAUUCUCCUAGUAGUUCAAGUUCAAUCCCAACCAGCAUAUAUCGUAUCCAUAUCGCAUCUGCAUCUACUGGUUAAGCAGCGCAAUUGUGCGAUCAAGGAGGAGGUGAAGUCUACUCUAUACUGUACAUGGGCUGCGAACGGCGCACUUGAAGAUCGCGGCGCGCAUAGAUUCACCUUCGAUUCGACAUCGAGUCCUCGAAGACAAAAGCCAGAGCCUCCUCUCCUUUGCCGAGCCAAAAUACUUGCCGCGUGAAAUUUGCUUCCAUCGCGAUCGCAACAACCCAAGACAGCUCUUGCGCGUCUACAAUCCUUAUUGCGACUUCUGCCCGUCAUGUUCUUCGUCUUAAAUCUGACCCAUCAGGUCACCCUGCAUCCCUCGUACUUUGGCCGAAGCAUGCAUGAGCUGGUGACGGGAAAGCUCUUGAAAGAUGUCGAGGGAACCUGCACAGGGCGAUACUUCAUCAUAACUAUAAUGGACACGGUGAACAUUUCUGAGGGUCGCGUAUUGCCAGGAAGUGGUUUGGCCGAGUUCAACGUGAGCUAUCGAGCUGUGGUUUGGAGACCUUUCAAGGGCGAAACGGUGAGAGAUACGGCGCGAUACCUGCGGUGAACUCGUACUCAUUGAUUUCCAGGUUGACGCUAUUGUGACUUCGGUCAACCAAGUCGGCUUUUUCGCGGAUGCUGGACCCCUUCCUCUAUUCGUGUCCUCGCAUGUAAGUAUACUAAUUGCUGGCUUGGGAUGAGGCUAAUAUUGGCGACAGUUGAUUCCUCCUGAUAUCAAAUUUGACCCUAAUGCCACUCCACCUCAGUUCACCAAUAACGAAGACUCCGUCAUCGAGAUUGGAACACACGUCCGCGUGAAGCUAAUUGGUACUAGAGCCGAGGUGGGAAGUAUGUACGCUAUUGCAAGCAUCAAGGAGGAUUACCUUGGGUAUGUUUUUUCCAGUGAUAACUCGCAAGUUUCCCUUGCUAAUCAACAACAGGUGUCUGCAAGGCUCUUGAUGUGCUCUAAUUGAGGUGAUGGUAGGAACGAACCGAACGAGGAAAGCGUAAGAAUUCAAAAUUUAUACUGUGGGCAUGAGUUGAAGGCCAUCCUUCCAAAUUGAUGGCAGAAUCGCUUGGCCCAAACAGAAGCAAUCCGCGUUCAAGCAGAUAUCAUAGAAGCAGCAGUCUUCAGGAUCGGCUUUGAUGGAGAAAAACUCGGAAUUCUUGAG